AUGACGUAUUGGCAGGGCGUUCCUUUUUUUCAUUCCUUAUUUUCUUUCUUUGUUUUUUGUUUCCUUCUUUCACUUUUUCUUUCUUUCUUUCUUUCUUUCUUUCUUUCUUUCUUUUUUCUUUCUUUUUCUUUCUUUCUUUCAUUAUACCUUCCUAUCUUUCUGUCUUUCCUUUCUUUCUUUCUUUUUUUUCUUUCUUUUUGUCUUUCGUUUUUCUUUCUUUCUUUCUUUCUUUCUUUCUUUCUUUCUUUCUUUCUUUACAACUUUUUUCUGUCUUUCUUUCAUUCAUUCAUUAUACCUUCCUUUCUGGCUGUAUUUUAUUUCUUUCUGUCUUUCUUUCUUUCUUUCUUUCUUUCAUUAUCUGUUCCUUUCUUUCUGUCUUUUCUUUCUUUCUUUUUUCUUUCUUUUUUCUUUCUUUAUUUCAUUAUACCUUCCUUUCUUUCGGUCUCUUCUUUCUUUCAUUAUAACUUUUUUUCUUUUCGUCUUUUCAUCUUUUCUUUAUUUAUUUUCUUUCAAUUUUCUUUCUUUCUUUCAUUAUACCUUCCUUUCUUUCUGUCACUUCUUUCUUUCAUUAUAACUUCCUUUCUUUUCGUCUUUUCGUCUUUUCUUUCUUUCUUUCUUUUUUUUUUCUUUCUUUCUUUCUUUCUUUCUUUCUUUCAUUAUACCUUCCUUUCAUUCUGUCUCUACUUUCUUUCAUUAAUUUCCUUUGUUUUCAUCUUUUCGUCUUUUCUUUCUUCCAUUCUUCUUUCUUUCUUUCUUUCUUUCUUUCAUUAUACCUUCCAUACUUUCUUUCUUUCUUUUUUCUUUCUCUCUUUUUUCUUUCUUUCUUUCAUUAUACCUUCGUUUCUGUCUAUUUUUCUUUCUCUUUUCUUUCUUUCUUUCAUUAUACCUUCCUUUCUUUCUGUCUCUUCUUUCUUUCAUUAUAGCUUCCUUUCAUUUCGUCUUUUCGUCUUUUCUUUCUUUGUUUUUUCUUUCUUUCUUUUUUUUUUCGUCUUUUUUUCUUUUACCUUCCUUUCUUUCUGUCUUUUCUUUCUUUUGUCUUUCUUUCUUUCUUUCAUUAUACCUUCCUUUCUGUCUAUUGUUCUUUCUUUUUCUUUCUUUCUUUCAUUAUAUCUUCCUUUUUUUCUGUCUCUUUCUUUCUUUUAUUAUAACAUCCUUUCUUUUCGUAUUUUCUUUCUUUCUUUCUUUCUUCUUUCUUUCUUUCAUUAUACCUUCCUUUCUUUCUGUCCCGUCUUUAUUUCCUUUGUAACUUCCUUUCUUUUCGUCUUUUCGUCUUUUCUUUCUUUCUUUUUUCUUUCUUUAUUCUUUUUUUCUUUCAUUAUACCUUCCUUUCUUUCUGUCUCUUCUUUCUUUCAUUAUAACUUCCAUUCAUGUCGUCUUUUCGUCUUUUCUUUCUUUCUUUCUUUCUUUCUUUCUUUGUUUCUUUCAUUAUACCUUCCUUUCUUUCUCUCUUUUCUUUCUUUUGUCUUUCUUUCUUUUUUCUUUCCUUCUUUCAUUAUACCUUCCUUUCAGUCUAUUGUUCUUUCUUUUUCUUUCUUUAUUUCAUUAUAUCUUCCUUUUUUCUGUCUCUUUCUUUCUUUUAUUAUAACAUCCUUUCUUUUCGUCUUUUCUUCUUUUCUUUCUUUCUUUUUUCUUUCUUUCUUCUUUCUUCCUUUCAUUAUACCGUCCUUUCUUUCUGUCUUUUCUUUCUUUAUUUUUUCUUUCUUUCUUUUUUCUUUCUUUCUUUCUGUCUUUUCUUUCUUUUUUCUUUCUUUCUUUUUUCUUUCUUUCAUUAUACCUUCAUUUCUGUCUAUUUUUCUUUAUUUUUUCUUACUUUAUUUUAUUGUACCUUCCUUUCUUUCUGUCUCAUUUUUCUUUUAUUAUAACUUCCUUUCUUUUCGUCUUUUUGUCUUUUCUUUCUUUCUUUCCUUCUUUCUUUCAUUAUACCUUCUUUUCUUUCUGUCUUUUCUUUCUUUGUUUUUCUUCCUUUCUUUUUUCUUUCUUUCUUUCAUUAUACCUUCCUUUCUCUCUAUUUUUCUUUCUUUUGUCUUUCUUAAUUUCAUUAUACCUUCCUUUCUUUCUGUCUCUUCUUUCUUUCAUUAUACCUUCCUUUCUUUUCGACUUUUCGUUUUUUCUUUCUCUUUUUUUCUUUCUUUCUUUCUUUCUUUCUUUCUUUCUUUCAUUAUACCUUCCUUUCUUUCUGUCUUUUCUUUCUUUUUUCUUUCUUUCUUUUUUCUUUCUUUCUUUCAUUAUACCUUCCUUUCUUUCUGUCUCUUCUUUAUUUCAUUAUAA